GCUGACGUCAUGACGCGCAACUUCCGCUGCGCUGCCAUUUUGUGAAUGGACGCCGUUGCCAUCGACAUUCUGAAAGCAGACUAAAACAAACCCGAUCCCGAGUCUAAUUCGACACGGUUUACCGCCAGACAGCUCGAGUUCUGACCUACGACGCUUUCCUCAAGGAAGACAACGCGAACAGCCUGUGUUAUCGCCGAGAAUUGACCCAGGAUGUCAGAGGAGCAGUUUGUGGGCGAGGAGGCGCUGGUGAAGAUGGAGGAGAAUGAUGGAGAGGAGGAGAUCCCGGCUGAGGAUGGAGGCCGAGAGGCGGAGGGCUCCAAAAUAGAUGCCAGUAAGAACGAGGAAGACGAGGGGAAAAUGUUCGUUGGAGGCUUGAGUUGGGACACAACAAAGAAAGACCUGAAAGAUUACUUCUCUAAAUUUGGAGAGGUGGUCGACUGCACCUUAAAGCUGGAUCCUCUGACGGGACGGUCCAGGGGUUUUGGAUUCGUUCUGUUUAAAGACGCUGAAAGUGUGGAAAAGGUGAUCACACAGAAGGAGCACAAACUGAAUGGAAAAGCCAUCGACCCUAAGAAAGCAAAGGCCAUGAAAUCCAAAGAGCCUGUGAAGAAGAUAUUUGUAGGAGGUCUGUCCCCAGAUACUCCAGAAGAGAAGAUCAGAGAGUACUUUGACGCCUACGGAGAGGUGGAAUCCAUUGAGCUGCCAAUGGAGAAUAAAACGAAUAAAAGACGAGGUUUUUGUUUUAUAACAUUUAAAGAGGAGGAACCAGUAAAGAAAAUUAUGGAGAAGAAGUACCACAACAUCGGUUUAAGCAAGUGUGAGGUGAAGGUGGCCAUGUCGAAGGAGCAGUAUCAGCAGCAGCAGCAGCAGUGGGGGGGCAGAGGAGGGUACGCCGUCAGGGCCAGAGGCAGAGGAGGUCCCAAUCAGAACUGGAACCAGGGAUACGGAAAUUACUGGAAUCAAGGUUAUGGAAAUUACGGGAACUAUGGCUACAACAAUCAAGGCUAUGGUGGAUACGGGGGCUAUGAUUACUCGGGUUACAACAACUACUACGGAUAUGGUGACUACAGCAAUCAGCAGAGCGGCUACGGCAAAUCCCCGAGGCGAGGCGGCCAUCAAAACACUUACAAGCCGUAUUAACCAGAAACAUGCAGGUAUGCUGAUGCGUAGCUCACGCGUGUGCAUCUGUAGUCUCCAAAUCACCAUUUGAUCUUAUUGUAAUGUACGUUGUUUAAUUUUUGUGUUUCUUUAAAGUUUCACAGCACCCUGAAGUGCUUUACAGUAGUGGUAACAUAGAGACUUUUGGCUGUUUCUUGCCUUUUUUGUUUGGUUUUUAACUGUAAAAAUUAACAGGUACAGUACUGCUAAAUGGGUACCAGAAAGUAUGGAAUUACAAGGAAAGAAAGCCGAAGAAUGUUGUCUCCUAACUCUGACAUAUACCUUGUUUGUACCUGCCAGCGGGGACUUCCUUGCAGGCCAUGAGCUGACUUCCCGAUUGUCUCAGGCCCGCUCAAUGCGGACAGGGUACGAGAGGCGUACGCUCUCGAAUGCUCCCAUUUGGUAUGGUCUUCCAACAUCCUGUAUACGAAUUGUAAAAUCAAACAACUGCAGCAACAAAAACUUAAAAAGGACACUUCAAGCUUUUAUCUUCUGUUUUGUUUUGUGUGUACUUUUUUUAUUCCCUCUUAAAACCUCUUGGGAUCUUAUGUAAUAAUAUAUUAUAAUGUAAUGGCAUUUCUUCCAGGCACCAUCAAGUAAUGGUAAAAUAUGACACGAGAGCCGGAAAUUAAAAUUAACUGUUCACUUUUUGAAGGAUACGGCUUUCUCUGGACUUUCCAGUGUUAAUAUGCACUUCUAAUCUAAUCUUACCUGUAAUGCUUGCUUUUCUUUAUUUGUAGCUCGUAAUAUCCUGUAAUCCUUGAGCUAAAA